UAAAAAAAAAAAAAUAAAUAUAGAUUUGUUUUAGAAUUUCUGCUGAAGAUAUUACCCAUUUAUUUUCCCAGAGCUUAAGAGCCUGAGCCGUUGAAGACGAAAAACGAUAUCCCUCUCAGCAUGGGGGUGGCUGAAGAUUUCGCUCCCAGCUUUGUGAAAAAGCCACAACUGCAUCAAGAAGAUGACGGCAAUCGGUUGAUAUUUGAGUGUCAGCUAGUGUCGUCCCCGAAGCCAGAUAUCGAGUGGUUUCGUAGUGACAACAAAUUAACAGAGGAUGCCAGAACCAAAUUCAAAAUUCAACCCAUCGGGGACAACAAGUUUACGGUAGUAUUAGAGCUCGACGAUGUAGUUGAAACGGAUGCUGGACUUUACAAAGUAAAAGCAAAGAACAAAUCGGGCGAAGUUUCUGCAUCAAUUAACUUAAAUUUCACACUGGGCAAGUUUUCACUUCUAGAAGAUUUAAGACAAAUCGACGGUUUCGCGCCGACAUUCGCGAAAAAACCUGCCAUACGACAAGAAGAGGAUGGAAAACGCCUUUUGUUUGAGUGUCGCGUUAAUGCAGAUCCCUUACCCAAUAUUAUUUGGUUCCAUAACGGCACGCCUGUCCAGGAAUCUUCGAGACACAGGCUUACCAUUGACAAAGACGUCCACUCAUAUUUUGCAACGCUUGAAAUACAAAAUGUUACAGUUGAGGAUGCUGGCAAAUACAAAGUGAACGCAAAAAAUGAGCUGGGUGAAAGUAACGCAACGAUAAGUCUCAACUUUGAUAGCGACGAGGCUCCCGUGCCCGAAAGCACUGAUGGAAUAAAACCUACGUUUACCGAGCGCCCCGUCAUUCGUCAAAGUGAAGAUGGUGGAAAUGUUACAUUUGAAUGUAGAUGCGUUGGAGAUCCCACACCAACGAUUACAUGGUCCCAUGGCGAGACAGUGUUGAGUGAAGGCAAAAGAUAUAAAAUGUCAUUGACAUUGGAUCAGAAGCUAUAUCAUAUGGCGCGCCUAGAGAUAAGCAGCGUUGUAUCCAGUGACCAGGGAGAGUAUAGAGCCCAGGCGAAAAAUAAGCAUGGCUCGGGCGUAGCAACGAUUAAUUUAAAUUUUGAAAGCGGUUCGAAAAAAAUUCCCGAUGGUAAGUCGCCGCGUUUUCCUAAAAAGCCGACAAUACGUCAAGAGGAGGAUAUUUUGAUAAUGGAAUGCAUCCUGGAAGCCCAUCCAGUGCCGGACAUUACAUGGUAUUGCUCAGAUAAGCAAAUUAUAGACAACGAGAGAACUAAAAUGACGCGCAAGGCCAUAACCAAAGAUAGCUAUGUCCUAACCCUCGAGAUUCAAAACCCAACAAAAGAUGAUGGCGGCAACUAUAGAUGCAAUGCUAUAAAUAUGUUUGGGGAAAGCAAUGCGAAUAUAGCGCUUAAUUUCCAAGGCGCCAAUGACGCAAAUGGUUUUGCUCCCUCGUUCAUUGAGAAACCGAGGAUUAUACCAAAUGAGACGGGCACUUUGAUUACUAUGAAGUGCAAAUGCAAGGCUAAGCCGGAACCCACUGUCACAUGGUACAGGGGACAGGAUUUAGUGGAGAAAAGCAAAAAAAUUAAAAUAAACAGUACUGUCAUCGCAGAGGACACCUAUGAGCUGACGCUGGAAAUAAAGGAUCCCGGCGCCACCGAUGGCGGCACUUACAGAUGUAAUGUAAAAAAUGAAUAUGGCGAAUCAAAUGCCAACCUCAAUCUAAACAUUGAAGCUGAGCCCGAGCCCGAAGGGGAAGGGCCAACAUUCAUUGAAAAGCCCCGCAUUAUUUCGGAAAAUAAUGGUAAGCUCGUCAUUAUGGAGUGCAAGGUAAAGGCAGAUCCAAAGCCAGACAUCGUUUGGUUCCGCAACGGUGAGGUUAUCAAGGAGAGCAAUAAACUCAAAAUAUUCAUGGAACAACGUGGCGAUCAAUACUAUAUUAAAUUGGAAUUAAUAGAUCCGCAGUUAGAAGACUCAGGUCUCUACAAAUGCAACAUUAAGAACUCAUUAGGCGAAUUAAACGCAAACCUCACGCUCAAUAUUGAAAUUGUACCUGUUAUCAAGGACAAACCAAAAAUCAUCAAGAUCAUUAAAAAGCGAACUGUUGUCAUUGAGUGCGUCGUUGCGUCUAAAUUUGAGCCCAAAUGCACCUGGUACAAAGAGACAAAUACGGUAACGGAAAGCAAACGCCACGUUUAUUUUGUUGAAAAAACAAAGGAAGGCGAGUUUGCUGUCAAACUCGAAAUCAAUGAGGUUGAGGAAAGUGAUAAGGGCGCAUACAAACUGGUGGCCAGCAACGAGAAGGGUGAAGCAGUUUCACAGGUCGUCAAUCUUGUUGACAUUCCAGAAGAAGAACGUAAGCCCUCAAAACCAGAAAUCGCACGCAAGCUGGUUGACCAAAAGGUCACGGAAUCUAAGACGUUCGAGCUUAUAAUAAGCCUAAAGAAUUCGGAUCGUAAGUGUAAGGUGGAGUGGUACAAGAGUAGCACCCUAAUUCGUGAGACAAAAGAUAUAACUACAACAUUUGAUGGCACGACGGCGAGGCUAACAUUUAGUAGUGCCAAAUCUGAGCACACUUCAAAUUACAAGGUCGUCGUGUCAAAUGAACUCGGCAAGGAUGAGUCCACCUGCAAGGUAACUGUGGAAAAGAAGGACAAAAAGAAGGACGAAAAGUCUGAACAGGAGAAGGAGAAAGAAGAAGCUGAAAAGAAGCAAAAGGUAAUUGAAACUAAAACUAAAACCAAAGAAAUCAGUAAACAAGAAGACUUAGCCGAACAAGAGCAGCAAGCAAAUCAAAUAUCUUUAAGAGUCCAGAAUAAUCAGAUUGAUAAUCAACAAAUUAGUGUCAUCUCCUACGAACAAGCUAACAUUCAAGAGCAGCACUCAACGCUUAUUGUUCAACAAACUAAGCAAACUAAACAACAGCAGGUUAGCGAAACACAUGUUUCUUAUAGUUCAGAAGUGCAGGAAGCACACCACCAAGAAUUGCGCGUACAAGAACAUAGUUCACACAAGGUUCAAGCCAAGGUAUCCUCCACCUCCACCAUCGAAGCCCAGCCAACGUCGGGAUUAUCUAUAUACCAGAUACCUAAACUAAAGUCGCGAACGACAUCGGAGCCCCCAGUCAAAGUUUCUGAAUCGAAAGAAAAAAAUAUCUUUGGGGUGAAGUUGAUACCCGUGAAACAUGUUUUAAGUGAUGAGGGACCUGCAGAGCAGAUUGGCUUAAAGAAGGUUGAACGCAAGGCUAGUAUUGUGUCCGUUAAAGAAGAAUCAAAGUCAGAGACACGUCGUAAGUCAAUAAUCAAAAGCCACGAGCAAACAUCUGAAGAAGAUACAAAAACUGUAUCAAGGAGGUCCUCACUUGCGGUUGAAGAAAGCGUAUCGGAAUCAAGACGUUCAUCUGUGGUCGAUAAGAAGGCCUUAGAGCAGGUUGAGAGCAAAAAAAUUGAAGCCAACAAUAAUCCACAAGCUAUUAAGGAAGAGAUCCCCAAGCUGAAACCGGCCGAUAAACGGCGAAUUCCAAAGACUGUAGAAGAGCAAAAACCAGCCGAAGAGCUGCCCAAGCUGCGUAAAACAUCUAUUGCAAAGCCAAAGGAAGAACCUAUACCAGAAGCUGCUAAAUCAAAGGCUAAAGGAAAGCCAAAAGCUAAGCCAAAGUACGAGGAGCUUCCAGAAAUUCCAGAUUACGAGCGACCAGCACUUGAGAAGUACGAAAAGUCAGAUUUUACUCCAUCAGAUUUUGCUCGGGAGCUCGAAAUACCAAAUAAAAUGGAAAAGCCAGCAUUGGAAACGGCCAAAAAGCCAGCGGAGGUAGUUCCCCAAAAGAAUGGUUUGCCAAAGAAAACCGAAGUAAUAGAACAACCAGCCGAAGAACCAAAAACUAUUAAGUUAGGCAAAGGCAAAUUGCCUGAUGAUGAGGACACAAGAGAUGGUGCUACGCUGAAACCUGUGAUUGUCGAACCAGAGAAAGAUAAACAAAAUGCGGAAAAAUCGGAAGAGGCUGAAAAACCAUCUCUGAUGGAUAUAAUAAAGCAGCGACGUCGUUCCUCAGUCAGAAACUUGAUGACCAAGGAACCUAUUCAAAACGAGUCCUUCCUUGGGGUAGUUUUGAAACCCGUCGUAAAGGAUGCUAAAGAGCAAGUUGCACCCCAACAAGCAAAGCAAUUACAUAAGGCAAAUGUAACGGAAAAGUUUAAUCCCUCAAAAGCAUCCAAAGCGCAAAUAUCUGAUAUGAAAAAGCCUGAAGCCUUAGCAACCAUUGUGGACGAUUAUGAACGCCCACAGUUAGAAAAAUAUGAGCCUAUUGAAUUUGAGAAAACUAAAUCCGAGAAACCCACACCAGUCGUAAAGUCCCCGGAUCAAAAUGCUCCUGAAGUCAAAUUACCCGUCGAAGAUUCAAAGGAGGAAAAGCCAAAGGUACCCAAAAUGCAGCCUCCAGCGCCCGGUGACCCACCAAAGAUCGAGGUAAUUCGAGAGAAGCGCCCGUCCCUAGCACCAGAGCCUCCCAGUCGACGUGGCUCCCUAGUUCCCCCAGCGGACACGGGUCGUCGACCCUCCUUGAUCAUCAAUGAUGAGAAGAAACUCCGCCCCGGCGAAGUCAUGGAUACACGGUUGUUGAGGCCAGGCGAGGUUGGUGAAGGACAGCGGAGACGUCCCUCUAUUGAUGUGCGCAGACCCAGCGUUCAGGAUUUAGAAGAUCUUAUAAAUAAACCAUCUACGCCACUGCGCGAUAUCGGCGAUGGUGGUCCACCCACAAUUAUCGAUGUUCAAGAGUCAUACUCCGCGGUUGAAGACUCGACGGCCUACCUUACAGUUGGUGUCGAGGGUAACCCAGCUCCCACAUUCAAAUUCUACAAAGGAGUUACAGAGAUUAUUGAAGGUGGUCGGUAUAAGUUCCUCACAGAUGGACAAACGAACACAAUCACAUUAUGCAUGCGUAAGUGCAAGCCCAACGAUGAGGGCAAAUAUAAGGUUGUUGUUUCCAAUAUACACGGCGAGGACUCGGCCGAGAUGCAGUUAUAUGUCUCCGAUUCCAGUGGCAUGGAUUUCCGUGCCAUGUUAAAGAAACGCCGUUAUCAAAAAUGGGACAAAGAAGAACAAGACCCCAAUUGGGGCGAUCUUAAAGAAACUGAAAAACCAUUACCGGCUUUAAAGAAAGUCGAAAGGAAGGUAGAAUCUUUCCUUAGUCCACUGAUCGAUCAGUUCGCUAAGGAAGGCAAGGAUAAGAAGGUUGUAUUCGAGGCGAGAUUCAGCAAACCCAACUGCAAACCCAAGUGGCUAUUCCGAAAGGAUGAGGUUUUUACAGGCAGCAAAUUCAAAUUCAAACAGGAGAAUGAUACAUAUCAGCUGAUAAUUAGUACACCAAAGGUAGAAGACAGUGGAAAAUACACAAUUGAGAUCGGCGGUGUGUCUAGUACGGCAUUCCUUAAUGUCGAGGAAGCUGAUCCCACAUAUACAUUUACAAAGCCUCUCAAAAAGAAACUAGAAGGUUUUACACGGCAUGAAACGACUCUGGAGUGCUCCGUUAGCAGCAGCAUGGCGAAUGUCAGCUGGUUUAAGGACAACCAAAAGCUGGAAUCUGAUGAUCCACGUUAUUUGAUCUCGAAAGACAUUAAUGGCAAUCUAAAGCUUAUUAUCAAAGAGUCAGUUUUGGAGGACGCUGGCCAAUACAGAUGCCAAUUGGACAAGCAACCAGAUAAAACGGAAUGUGCCCUAAAGAUAGUAGAGUACCCAUAUAAAUUUGUCAAGGUGCUCAAAUCACAGCAGUGCAUUGAGAAGGACACAGUAACGCUUGCUUGCGAAAUUGACGAUGCUCAAGGUGAUGUUCAAUGGUUCCGCAAUGGUGAGGAAAUCAAGCCAGACAAGCGAAUGCAAGUCGUCAAGGAUGGCCGUAAGCGGAAGCUUAUUAUCAAGGAUUGUAAAGUAACUGAUGCCGGUCAGUUCAAGUGUACAACCAAUGCUGAUCAGACUGAUGCAGAGAUAAUCAUAAACUAUCAAAACCGAUUUAACAAGAAACUUAAGGACACUGAUGCUGUGGAGCGAGAAAAACUAGUGUUAGAUGUCGAGCUGCAGGACCAGACAGCCCCAUGCGACUGGAAGUUCAAUGGCGAACCAAUAGUACCCAACGAGCGCAUUGAAAUCAAGAACUUGGGCGGUGGCAAACACCAGCUGGUUUUCAACGGUCUAGACUUAUCCGACGCAGGUGAAAUUACCUGUGAAUCAGGACAGCUAACAUCAACGUGUAAGCUUUCCGUACGAAAGGGGGAAAGCAGACCUAAUAUUGACUGUCCGGAUGAGUUUGCAGAACCAAUUAGUGCGCCAGUUGUCAUUGAGGUGCCAUACAAAGUAAGCGGUACUAAGCAAACACCAGUGGAGGCAAAAUUAAUUAAAGACGGAAAGCCUUUGCCUGUCAAGGAUGUCGAGGUUGCGAUAACCGAUGAUAAAGUCACGUUUAAAAUUAAAAAACCAUCAAGGGAUUUAUCGGGACCUUAUCAAAUCAAAAUUUCAAAUGGACAAGGCGAAGAUACUAAGGAUGUUAACAUUAUUUGCCAAGACGUUCCACAGCCACCACAAGAUGUUGAUGUUACCGACGUAUAUCAAACAUCGUGCGUGGUUAACUUUAAGCCACCGGCAGAUGAUGGCGGUUCUCCCAUUACAAAAUAUGUCAUCGAACGGCAAGACUUGAGCAAAAAACAGGGCUGGGAACCUGUCGCUGAGGUUCUACCAAAUGAACCACGUCUCAAAAAGAUUGAUGACUUGGUGCCAAAGAAGCAGUACAGAUUCCGCAUUCGUGCUGUAAACAAACUUGGUCCAUCUGACCCGGCAACAUUUAAAAACUCCAUACUUGCGAAAGAUCCAUGGGACGAGCCCGGCAAACCCAAGGCCGUUGACCUUACUGACUGGGAUAAGGAUCACGCUGAUCUUAAGUGGGAGGCACCAGAUAGUGAUGGUGGCGAUCCAAUUACCUCCUAUGUUAUUGAAUACAAAGAGAAAUUUUCAAACGAUUGGGUACCCGGCAAAGAAGUGCCGGGAGAUGCUAGAACGGGCACAGUUGAAAAUCUUAAGGAGGGCCAACAGUACGAAUUUCGAGUCCGUGCUGUUAAUCGGGCAGGUCCUGGCGAGCCUAGCGACAAGACUAAAGCCAUUAUAGCCAAAUGCCGAUUUGUUAAACCUUUUCUUGUUGGUGAUGGUCUUAAAAAUAUUACUGUGAAAAAGGGACAGACCAUACGCUAUGAUAUUAAAUACGAUGGAGAACCAGAGCCAGUAGCUAGUUGGAUAAAGUCCAAUGAACCUCUCAAGUUUGAUAAUCAGCGUAUCUGUCUCGAACAGCUUGAACGCAACUCAUCGAUAACUAUCAAAAAAUCUGUGCGUAAUGACACUGGCAAAUAUAAGCUGGUAUUGACCAACAGUUCGGGAACAAUUGAAUCUGAAGCACAAGUUGUGGUCUUAGAUCGUCCGUUAGCACCAGGUGGUCCAUUUGAGGCAGAAGAGGUUCGUGCUCAUCGCAUUAAGAUGAAGUGGAAAAGACCCCCAGAUGAUGGUGGCUGUGAAAUCACGGGAUAUGCCCUCGAACGCAUGGAUGAAGAGACUGGACGUUGGAUACCCUCCGGCGAAGUUGGCCCAGACGAAACCUCAUUUGACUUUAAGGGUCUUACUCCAAACAAAAAAUAUAAAUUCCGCGUCAAAGCUAUCAACAAAGAGGGUGAGUCCGAGCCACUGGAGACAACCGACGCGAUUCUUGCCAAGAAUCCCUAUGAUCCACCAAGCCCACCCAGCCAACCCGUAAUUGAUGAUUAUGAUAAUAAGAGUGUCUCGCUUAAGUGGAAACGCCCACCAUCUGACGGCGGACGUCCUAUUACCCAUUACGUUGUUGAAAUUAAGGACAAAUUCUCGCCUACAUGGAGUGAAGUAGCUAAAACAGAGGAUCCAACACCCGAAUGUAAGGUGGAGGGCCUUAAGGAAAAAAUGAUAUAUCAGUUCCGAGUGCGUGCAGUCAAUAAGGCUGGUCCUUCGGAACCUUCUCAACCAACUGACAAUCAUCUUUGCAAGCAUAAAAACCUUAAGCCACAAAUUGAUAGAUCGACGUUCAAGCGAGUGACAAUCAAAAGCGGACGUACACACAAGUGGUCGGUUGAUAUUACCGGCGAGCCCGUACCCGAACUGCACUGGAGUUGGCGUGAUGAUAUUCCGCUAACAACCGGGGAUCGCAUAAGUAUUGAGAACGUAGAUUAUCACACGGACUUUGUUAUCACGAAUGCUAAGCGCCAGGACAGUGGAUUUUACUCAUUAAAGGCGGAAAACCGUAAUGGGGUUGACCGCGAGACUGUUGAGCUAGUGGUUCUUGGUAAGCCCAGUUCUCCGAAAGGACCUCUUGCUGUCAGCGAUGUCACAGCAACUGGAUGUAAGCUGCAGUGGAAAAAACCGGAUGAUGAUGGAGGCGUACCUAUCAAGGAGUAUGUUGUCGAAAAAAUGGACACAGCAACAGGCAAAUGGGUCAGGGUUGGCCGUUCGCCAGGCGAAAAGGAACCGCCAAGCUUUGAUGUUACAGGCUUAAAUCCCGGUUCCGAAUACAUGUUCCGCGUAUCUGCUGUCAAUGAGGAGGGCGAAUCUGAGCCCCUGACAACGCUUGUAGGAGUUGUUGCCAAGGAUCCAUUUGAUGAACCUAAUAAGCCAGGCACCCCGGAAGUAACUGAUUACGAUAAUCAGAGCAUCAGCCUAAAAUGGACACCCCCCAAAAACGAUGGCGGUGCCCCAAUACAAAAAUAUAUCAUUGAAAAGAGGGAUAAGAAUAAGCCAGAUUGGGAAAAGGCUUUGGAAAUCCCUGGUGACCAAUUAGAAGCUACAGUUGCUGGUCUGCAAGAAUAUGGUGAAUACCAGUUCCGUGUCAUUGCUGUCAACAAAGCCGGUCCAUCUCCACCAUCAGACGCGAGCGUUCCGCAGGUGGCCAAGUACAAAAAAUUGAAACCUCGCAUAGACAGGAUUAAUUUAAAGCCCCUGUUAAUUCGCGCUGGUAAGCCCAUAAAGUAUGAUGUGAAUGUACGCGGUGAACCUGUUCCAACAAUAACAUGGUACCAAAACGACAAAGAACUCAAGCCUGAGGACCUGCCAAGCAAUUGCGAAAUUCAAAAUAUUCCUCACAAUACAAAAAUUUCUAUUAUUGAUACUGUAAGAAAGCAUACGGGCACAUAUAAGAUUCGUGCUGUAAAUGAACAUGGUGAAGAUGAAGCAGACGUUGAAGUAAAUGUUUUGGCUCCUCCCGGUAAACCAAAGGGUCCUUUAACUGUUAAAGAUAUUACCAAAGAUAGUUGUAAAUUGAAGUGGCAAAAGCCCGACGAUGAUGGUGGUAAACCCAUCACGGCUUACCAAGUCGAAAAAUUCGAUAAGAAACAAGGCCGGUGGGUACCUGUCGGUCGAGCCUCCGGAAAUGAUACCGAAUUUGAUGUCAAGGGCCUUCAGGAAGGCCAUGAAUAUCAGUUUAGGGUUAAAGCCAUCAAUGAGGAAGGUGAAUCCGAGCCUCUAGAGACCGAUGGAAGUAUAUUAGCAAAGAACCCAUAUGAUGCUGCCAGUAAGCCAGGUACUCCAAAGAUAGAUGAUUACAAUGAGCAUAUGGUAAAGCUAAAGUGGGAGGCUCCAAAGGACGACGGUGGUGCGCCAAUCACUGGCUAUAUAAUUGAAAAGAAGGAUAAAUUUUCACCCAUUUGGGAUGAAGUCCUCACUACGAAUACGCCUGCACCUGAGGCAACUGUCGAUGGCCUUACCGAAGGAAACGUGUAUCAAUUCCGUGUCCGUGCAAUCAAUAAGGCCGGACCAAGUGAGCCCAGCGAUGCAACGGAACCUCAUUUGGCGAAGCCAAGAAAUCUGAAGCCAACUAUAAACCGCGAAAAAAUGAAGCCCGUGAAAGUACGAGCUGGCCAAACGGUUAAGUUUGAUGUAGAUGUUAAAGGAGAGCCGGCCCCUACUCUAACUUGGUCCUUCAAGGAAAAAGAAGUAACACCUAGUGGACAGUUGCGAUUAGAUAAUGAAGAUUAUAAUACAAAACUAGUAUUAUUGGACACAACACGGAAAGACAGUGGAGUGUAUAAGCUUAAAGCUGAAAAUAUAAAUGGUGUUGACGAGGCUGAAGUUGAAGUAAUUAUAUUAGAUAAGCCGGCAAAGCCCGAAGGACCCUUAGAAGUGUCUGAUAUACAUAAAGAGGGUUGCAAGCUGAAAUGGAAGAAACCCAAAGACGAUGGAGGAGUGCCUCUAUCAGGCUAUGCUAUCGAAAAAAUGGAUACAGCAACUGGUAAAUGGGUACCAUGUGGAACUGUAGAUCCCGAGAAGACAGAGUUCGAUGUUAAAGGCUUGGAUCCAAAUCAUCGAUAUCAAUUCAGAAUUAAGGCCCUUAAUGAAGAGGGCGAAUCAGAACCACUCGAAACAGAAUCGGCCAUUACUGCUAAGAAUCCAUUUGAUAUAUCUGCACCACCUGGCCUUCCAGAACUUGAGGAUUGGGAUGAGCACCAUGUUAAAUUAAAAUGGGAACCGCCAAUCCGUGAUGGAGGCACUCCCAUCACAAAUUAUAUCAUUGAGGUUAUGGACAAAGAUUCUGGGGAGUUCAUAAAAGCAGCAGAAACAGAAGGUCCAAUUUGCAAGGGUGUCGUGAAAAAGCUUGAAGAGGGUCAGCAAUAUAAAUUCCGUGUUCGCGCUGUAAACAAAGCUGGUCCUUCGGAACCAUCAGAGCAAACCAAUUGGCAUACGGCAAAGCCGCGCUUCCUGAAGCCACAUAUAGAUCGAACAAACCUGAAGCCUGUUAUUGUGAAAGCAGGCUUAUCGAUCAGCUUGGAUAUUAAUGUUAAGGGUGAGCCAGCUCCAAAGGUGGAAUGGCUGUUCAAUGGAUUACCUGUGAUCAGUGAUGAGGAAGGAAUUAAAAUCGACAAUGUUGACUAUAAUACGAAAUUCUUUGUUAUGCGAGCCAAACGUCCUCAGAGUGGCAAAUACACUAUUAAAGCUACAAAUGAGGUCGGCGAGGACGUUGCCGAACUAGAUGUGACUGUAUUGGGCAAGCCAGGUAAGCCAAAGGGUCCUCUGCAGGUCAAUGAUAUGACAAAGCACAGCUGUAAGCUGAAAUGGGAAAAGCCUGAAGAUGAUGGUGGCGCACCAAUUGACUAUUAUGAAAUAGAAAAACUUGAUCCACAUACUGGCCAAUGGCUUCCAUGUGGCAAGAGUGCCGAGCCUGAAGCGAAGGUGAUUGGUUUACAUGAGGGCAAGCCCUAUAAAUUCCGUGUUCGCGCUGUCAAUAAAGAGGGAGAGUCUGAGGAUCUGGAAACAGAUAAGCCCGUUAUUGCUAAGAAUCCGUUUGAUGAGCCAGACAAGCCUGGUCGACCAGAGCCUACUAAUUGGGAUAAGGACUUUGUUGACUUAGCUUGGGACCCACCCAAAAACGAUGGUGGUGCUCCUAUCCAGAAAUACAUAAUCCAAAUGCGUGACAAAUCCGGACGCGCAUGGAUAGACGCGGCUACAGUUCCUGGUGACAAACCCAAGGGCACUGUAACGGCUGUUGAAGAAGGACAUGAAUACGAGUUUCGCGUUGUAGCUGUUAAUAAGGCUGGUCCCAGCGAGCCCAGCGAUGUUUCUAAAUCGGUUGUAGCGAAACCUCGGUUCUUGAAGCCCCAUAUUGAUCGAAAGAACUUACAAAAGAAAAUCAUGCGAAGCGGUCAAAUGUUGCACAUGGAUGCAGCUGUUAAAGCAGAACCGCCAGCCAAAAUAGCUUGGACCUACAAUGGAGCCGAAAUUAAGACCAGCGACAAGAUCAAAAUUGAGAACGAGGAAUACAAAACAACAUUUAUAAUGCCAAAAGUUAGGCGUUCCGAUAAAGGUACAUACAUUGUGACAGCUAAAAAUGAUUCCGGCGUAGACACCGUAGAGGUCGAGCUUGAAGUAUUAUGCAAGCCAAGCAAGCCAAAUGGUCCUUUGGCCGUGUCCGAUGUUACAGCCGAAAGCGUUCACUUGAAAUGGGAUAAGCCAGACGAUGAUGGUGGCGAGCCCAUAGAACAUUACGUUGUUGAGCGUAUGGAUACAGAAACAGGUCGAUGGGUACCAGUUCUAACGACUAAAACACCUGAAGCGGACGUUACUGGUCUAACUGAAGGCAAGGAAUACCUAUUCCGAGUUAAGGCUGUGAAUGCCGAAGGAGAGUCAGAGCCUCUGGUAACAGAUACUCCAGUCACGGCGAAAAAUCCAUACGAUGCCGCGGAUACACCUGGUAAGCCACAAAUUACCGACUGGUCAGCAAAUCAUGCAGAUCUUAAAUGGCGUGCUCCCGACGACGAUGGAGGUGCACCUAUUACUGGAUACAUUGUUGAAAAGAAAGAUAAUAAUACCGGGAAAUGGCAAAAGGUUUUGGAAACAAAUACGCCCGACUGCAAAGCUCGUGUUAACGAUUUAAUCGAAGGCACCAAAUAUCAGUUCCGCGUAAAAGCUGUUAACAAAGCAGGUCAAAGUAAGCCAUCCGAAGCCUCAGACCAAAUGACCGCCAAGGAUCGCUUCGCAGCACCCAAAAUUGAUAGAACCAAUAUUAAGGAUAUCACAGUUAAGGCCGGCCAACAUAUUCGUUAUGACAUCAAGAUUUCUGGCGAGCCGCCACCAAGCAAAACAUGGUUCCAUAAUAAAGCCCGCAUUGAUGACGAUGACUACAAUAUUGACAUUGAGUCGUAUCGCACAAAACUAGCCGUACCUUUUGCAAAGCGAUUACACACCGGUAAAUAUACCAUUAAAGCCGAAAAUGAGUCGGGCCAUGAUGAAGCUUCAUUUGAAGUAACGGUUCUGGAUAAGCCUGCACCACCAGAAGGUCCGCUACGUGUGACAGAUGUUCACAAAGAAGGAUGCAAGCUGAAAUGGAACCCACCUCUGGAUGAUGGUGGUCUACCUAUAGAACACUAUGUUGUUGAAAAAAUGGACGUGGAAACCGGACGCUGGCUACCCUCUGGUCGCUUUAAGGAACCAUUCGCUGAAUUGAGUAACUUAGAGCCCGGUCACGAAUAUAAAUUCAGAGUACUAGCUGUAAAUACUGAAGGAGAAUCAGAACCCUUAGUCGGUGAGCAUUCUAUAGUUGCAAAGAAUCCAUUUGAUGAACCCGGCAAGCCCGGCACUCCGGAGCCAGUUGAUUGGGACAAAGAUCGUGUGGAUUUGGUUUGGCGGCCACCACUUAAUGACGGUGGAUCACCGAUUACCGGUUAUGUUGUUGAAAAGCGUGAAAAGGGCACAGAUAAAUGGAUUAAAGGAGCGGAAAUUAACGCCCCUGCGCUCGGUGAGGAAUGCAAAGCUUCAGUGCCAAACCUUGACGAAAACUGCGAGUACGAGUUUAGAGUUAAGGCCAUCAAUGCAGCUGGUCCUGGCGAACCAUCGGAUGCGAGCAAAUCGGUCAUAACUAGACCAAGAAAGUUGGCACCAAAGAUUGACCGCAAAAAUAUACGUACCUAUAAUAUCAAGGCAGGUGAGCCAAUUUUCCUGGAUAUUAAUGUCAGUGGUGAACCAGCUCCCGAAAUAAGUUGGACUCAAAAUGGCAAAAUCGUUUACUCGACACCCGUAAGCAAAAUCGAAAAUGUUCCCUACAACACCAAAUACAUCAACAGUAAUCCAGAGCGAAAGGAUACCGGAUUAUAUAAAAUUGCCGCGCAUAAUCUUUAUGGUCAAGAUCAAGUCGAAUUUCAGAUUAAUAUCAUAACUAAGCCCGGCAAGCCCGAGGGCCCGCUGGAAGUAUCCGACAUUCACAAGGACGGCUGCAAACUGAAAUGGAAAAAACCAAAAGAUGAUGGCGGCGAGCCAAUCGACAGUUAUUUGGUCGAAAAAUUCGACCCCGAUACAGGUGUUUGGUUACCUGUAGGUAAAAGUGAUGUACCAGAAAUAACAGUUGAUGGCCUGAUACCUGGUCACGAGUACAAGUUCCGAGUGAAGGCAGUGAACAAGGAAGGCGAAUCUGAACCACUUGAAACUUUGGGAUCAAUUAUCGCUAAGGAUCCAUUCACGGUACCUUCAAAACCAGGAGCGCCAGAACCUACUGACUGGACUGCCAAUAAAGCAGAGCUCUCAUGGAAUGAACCAGCUAGCGAUGGUGGAUCACCCAUUACUGGAUAUAUUAUUGAAAUUAAAGACAAGUACAGUCCACUAUGGGAUAAGGCUUUGGAAACCGACUCUCCUGCACCAGUCGCUACUGUCAAUGGUCUUAUUGAAGGAAAUGAAUACCAGUUCCGAGUAAUUGCCCUAAACAAGGGCGGCCAAUCCGAGCCCUCUGAGGCGAGCAAGACAUUUAUUGCAAAGCCGCGCUACCUGGCUCCCAAAAUAGACCGAAGAAACCUACGCGACGUAACGAUAUCGGCAGGAACCGCUCUAAAGUUAGAUGCAGUUAUUACGGGCGAACCGGCACCAAAGGUGGAAUGGAAAUUCUCGAAUUACCUAUUGCAAUCUGGAAAGAACACUACAAUCGAAACACCUGACUACUACACCAAACUAGUAAUUCGACCAACUCAGCGAGGUGACUCCGGAGAAUAUUUAGUAACAGCAACAAACAGCUCGGGCAAAGACAGUGUGCUUAUCAACGUCAACAUUACCGAUAAGCCAACGCCACCUAAUGGACCGCUUCAAAUAUCUGAUGUGCAUAAGGAAGGAUGUCAUCUGAAAUGGAAGCGACCUAACGAUGAUGGAGGCACCCCAAUUGAGUACUUCCAAAUCGAUAAGUUAGAUCCCGAAACUGGAUGUUGGCUACCAUGCGGCCGAUCAACGGAGCCUCAGGCUGACAUUACGGGUCUUACGCCCGGCAAUGAAUAUAAAUUUAGAGUGUCAGCUGUUAAUGCAGAAGGCGAAUCAGCUCCGUUAGUUGGCGAGGAAUCGAUAAUUGCCAAAAAUCCGUUCGACGAACCAGGUAAACCGGAAAAUCUAAGGGCAACUGAUUGGGAUAAGGAUCACAUCGAUUUGGCAUGGACACCUCCACUCAACGAUGGUGGAUCUCCUAUAACUGGUUAUCUUGUUGAAAAGAAAGACAAAUAUGGACAGUGGGAGAAGGCACUGGAAGUUCCAGCAAAUCAAUGCAAAGCUACUGUUCCUGAUCUAACUGAAGGUGAAGCCUACGAGUUCCGCGUUAGCGCUAUUAAUGCCGCUGGUCCAGGUGAGCCAUCUGAUGCAACGGCUCCAAUUGUAGCAAAAUCACGCAAUAAGCCCCCAGUUAUUGAUCGCUCCAAUCUAAUCGAAGUCCGUAUCAAGGCUGGACAAGCAUUUACAUUUGAUUGCAAGGUCUCUGGAGAACCAGCACCAAAAACUAAAUGGCUACUUAAAAGGAAAGAGGUAUAUUCGAAAGAUAAUCUCAAGGUUACCCAUGUCGAUUACAAUACCAAGCUGAAAGUUACAAAUGCGACACGCUCUGAUUCUGGUCUCUAUACAGUGCAUGCUGAAAACUAUAACGGUGAAGACAGUGCUGACGUUAAGGUAACUGUUAUUGAUAAGCCAUCACCUCCGAAUGGCCCACUUAAGGUGGAGGAUGUUCAUGCAGAAGGAUGCACGCUCAACUGGAAUCUACCGGACGAUGAUGGCGGUCAGCCUAUUGAAAACUAUGUUGUUGAAAAAAUGGAUGAAGCAACUGGCCGCUGGGUACCAGCCGGGGAGACAGAUGGACCAGUCACCAGCCUCAAAGUAAAGGGCUUAACGCCAGGGCAUAAAUAUAAGUUUAGAGUACGUGCCAAGAAUCGUCAGGGCACAUCAGAUCCACUUACCACACCUCACGCGACUGAAGCUAAAAACCCAUACGACGAGCCUACCAAACCAGGUACACCAUCAAUUAAAGAUUUUGACAAAGAUUUUGUUGACUUAGAAUGGGCAAGGCCUGAAAGCGAUGGUGGAUCCCCAAUAAGCGGUUACAUAAUUGAAAAGCGUGAUAAAUACUCACCAAAUUGGGAACCGUGCGCAGAGAUCGAUGGCGAUGUAACCAGCGGACAUGUGCCUGACUUGAUUGAAGGUGUUAAAUAUGAAUUCCGUGUAAGGGCUGUGAACAAAGCUGGCCCGGGUGUUCCUAGCGAUGCAACUGAACCUCAUGUUGCGCGUGCAAAGAACGUGGCACCAAAGAUUGAUAGGAAUUUCAUGUUAGACAUUAAAACUCGAGCUGGAAACGUAUUUGAAUUCGAUGUACCAGUUAGUGGAGAGCCAAUUCCAUGCAAGGAAUGGACUCAUGAAGAUAACAUGGUUAUAAAUACAGAUCGUGUGAAAAUUUCAAAUUACGAAGAUCGUACAAAAUUACGAAUUAUCGAUGCUAAACGAGCAGAUACGGGAUUGUACACUUUGGUUGCUCGUAAUAUUAAUGGCAUUGAUAAGCAUACUGUGAAAGUGACAGUCUUAGAUGUACCAACUGCACCUGAAGGUCCACUACGUGGCGAUGAAGUCACCAAAAACUCUAUGACGUUACGGUGGCGACCACCCAAAGAUGAUGGCGGUUCCGAGAUAACUCAUUAUGUAGUUGAGAAAAUGGAUAAUGAAGCAAUGCGCUGGGUACCAGUUGGCGAAUGUGCUGGCACUGAGGUACGUGCUGACAAUCUCAUUGAAAACCAUGAUUAUAACUUUAGAGUGCGUGCUGUAAACAAGCAAGGACAGUCUCAACCAUUGACUACUUCCCAAGCCAUUACGGCUAAGGACCCAUACUCGCAUCCGGAUAAGCCAGGUCAACCACAAGCUGCUGAUUGGGGUAAAGACUUUGUGGACUUGGAAUGGGCCGCACCGAAACGUGAUGGUGGCGCACCAAUUACUUCAUAUAUUGUGGAAAAGAGACCCAAAUUCGGGCAAUGGGAGCGGGCUGCUGUGGUACCCGGCGAUGAGCGAAAGGCCCAUAUACCCGAUCUAACUGAUGGCGGGGAGUAUGAGUUCCGGGUAAUCGCUGUAAAUCGUGGUGGACAGAGCGAUCCAUCCGAUCCUUCUGGUACUAUUGUCUGCAAGCCUCGUUUCCUGGCUCCAUUCUUCGACAAGUCGCUAUUAGAUGACAUAACUGUACAUGCUGGCAAGCGGCUGGGUUGGACGCUUCCAAUAGAAGCUUCUCCUCGACCCACCAUCAAAUGGCUAUUCAAUGGCAAAGAAAUUGAGCCAAGUACCCGAAUUGAGUCAAAUCUUUUCCAAAAUGAGCUGACCUUUGAAAUACCAUCGGCACUUCGAACAGAUGAGGGUCGCUACACAUUAAUACUAAAAAACGAGCACGGCUCAUUUGAUGCAUUGGCACAUGCAACCGUUCUCGAUCGGCCAUCACCUCCAAAGGGUCCACUGGACAUAUCAAAAAUCACAAGGGAUGGCUGCCAUUUGGCAUGGCAUGUUCCAGACGAUGAUGGCGGCUCACCAAUAUUGCAUUACAUUAUUGAAAAAAUGGAUUUGUCUAGAGGUACAUGGUCAGAUGCUGGCAUGAGUACACAUCCUGUCCAUGAUGUGAUAAGACUUGUACAUCGCAAAGAAUAUUUAUUCCGUGUUAAGGCGGUCAACGCAAUUGGCGAAUCCGAGCCAUUGGAAGCUUCCAAGAGUAUAAUUGCUAAAAAUGAGUUUGAUGAGCCCGAUGCACCAGGUAAACCAAUUGUCACCGAUUGGGAUCGCGAUCAUGUUGAUCUACAAUGGGCCGCGCCAAAAUCGGAUGGUGGUGCACCUCUAAGCGAAUAUAUUAUACAAAAGAAGGAAAAGGGCAGCCCAUAUUGGGUGAAUGUUGUACAUGUACCACCAAACAAAACAGCAGCAACCGUUCCGGAUCUCGUCGAGGGGCAAGAAUAUGAGUUUAGAGUAAUUGCCGUUAAUCAAGCUGGCCAGUCAGAGCCAUCUGAGCCAUCCGAAAUGAUAAUGGCUAAGCCACGCUUUUUGGCGCCGAAGAUCAUAACACCACUGCAUGAAGUGCGUAUUAAGGCUGGACUUAUAUUCCACAUCGAUAUCGAUUUCAUUGGCGAACCAGCGCCAGAAGCGAUUUGGACUCACAAAUUCAAUCCAUUAAAGUCGAAUGAAAGAUCGACCAUUACCACAAUAGGACACCACACGGUAGUCCAUACAGUCAAUUGUCUACGCUCCGAUUCUGGUAUUUAUCAUUUGCUAUUACGUAAUGAUUCUGGCAUAGACGAGGGUAGCUUCGAACUAAUUGUUCUGGAUCGUCCCGGUCCACCAGAUGGCCCAUUAGAGUAUGAAGAAAUAACUGCUAACUCUGUUACUAUAUCUUGGAAGCCACCAAAGGAUAAUGGAGGCUCUGAAAUAUCAGCAUAUGUCAUUGAGAAACGCGACUUAACACAUGGAGGAGGUUGGGUGCCAGCCGUUUCCUUUGUUAACGCAAAGUAUAACCAUGCGGUUGUCCCAAGACUUCUAGAGGGUACAAAAUACGAAUUUCGAGUAAUGGCUGAAAACUUGCAGGGACGUUCCGAUCCACUAACAUCGGAGCAACCUGUUGUUGCUAAAAACCAAUACACCGUACCUGGAGCACCCGGAAAACCAGAAUUAUCUGACAGCGAUAAGGAUCAUAUUACUAUUAAAUGGAAACAGCCCAUCAGCAAUGGGGGCUCACCAAUACUUGGCUACGAUAUUGAGCGACGCGAUGUCAAUACUGGUCGAUGGAUUAAAAUCAAUGGUGAACCUGUACCAACAACCGAAUAUAGAGAUGAUAGAGUAUCACCAAAUCAUCAAUAUCAAUACAGGGUGUCUGCUGUUAAUGCAGCAGGAAACAGCAAGCCUUCAGAGCCAUCUAGCACAUUCAAUGCUCGGCCAAUGCGAGAGAAGCCAAGACUCUAUCUGGAUGGCUUGGUUGGCAGACGUAUUAAGGUUCGUGCUGGGGAGCCCGUCAAUGUUAAUAUACCAAUAUCUGGUGCACCAACGCCAACGAUCGAAUGGAAGCGUGGCGAUGUGAAGUUGCCGGAAUCGAAAAACGUCUCAUAUGAUACGAAUUCGGAGCGAACCAUUUUCCGCAUUGACGAUUCUACCAGACAGGACUCUGGGUUAUAUAAAAUUACAGCAACUAACGAAUUUGGCAAAGACUCUGCCGAUAUCGAUGUAGUUGUUGUUGACAAGCCGACGCCACCUGAAGGUCCAUUAACCUACACUGAGACUGCUCCUGAUCACAUUUCAUUGCAAUGGAGUCUACCAAAAGAUGAUGGCGGUAGCGAGAUAACUGGCUAUAUUAUUGAAUUUACCGAGUUCGGUGUUGAUGACUGGAAGCCCGUGCCUGGCUACUGUCCGAAAACUAAUUACACUGUAAAAGGACUUACCGAAGGCAAAAAGUAUGUGUUCCGUGUUAGGGCUGAAAACAUAUAUGGUGUUUCUGAUGCUUUGGAAGGGAAGCCUGUGGUAGCAAAGUCACCAUUUGACCCGCCAGGUGCGCCCUCACAGCCGCAAGUCGUGGCCUAUACGCCCAGCUCAGCAUCUUUGGAAUGGCAUCCACCAGACUAUUGCGGUGGCAAGCCGAUUUCCGGAUAUAUUGUGGAAAGAAGAGAGCGCGGUGGCGAAUGGAUUAAAUGUAAUAACUAUCCAACACCGAACACCAGCUAUACAGUACCCGACUUGCGUGAAGGUGCCCGAUAUGAAUUCCGCGUAAUAGCGGUCAAUGAGGCUGGCCCAGGUAGCCCAUCCAAGCCAUCGGAACCUAUGACCGCUGAACUGCAGCGCUAUCGUCCCGACCCACCCGAACCACCAAAGCCAGAUCGUAUCACAAAGGAUAGUGUCACAUUAUCCUGGCGGCCACCGCGAAACGAUGGCAAAUCCAAAAUCAAAGGAUAUUACUUUGAAAUGCGCCCCAAAAAUUCGAAAGAUUGGAAACCUGUUAAUGACAUACCAAUUCAUUCAACUGUGUUCAGAGUACCGGAUUUAAAGGAAGGCGAAGAAUAUUCGUUCCGAGUCAUUGCUGAAAAUGAUGUGGGCCGCUCAGAUCCUUCGAAGCCGUCACAGCCCAUUACGAUCGAAGAGCAACCAAAUAAACCACACAUGGAUCUAGGAGGUGUUCGCGAUAUUAUUUGCCGGGCAGGCGAUGACUUUAGCAUUCAUGUACCAUACGUGGCUUUCCCAAAACCCACUGCAUCAUGGUACUCAAAUGAUACUGUGUUGGAUGAUGACCAACGUGUGCACCAACACUUAACUGAUGAAGCUGCUUCGUUUGUGGUAAAGAAUUCGAAGCGUUCAGACUCAGGGCAAUAUCGUUUGCAACUUAAGAAUCCAUCAGGCUUCGAUACGGCUACCAUAAACGUAAAGGUUUUGGAUCGACCUGGUCCACCAACUAAUUUACGGGCUGAUGAAUUUGCGGGUGAUUCUUUGACAUUGUAUUGGAACCCUCCAAGAGAUGAUGGUGGUUCCCCCGUUCAAAAUUACAUUAUUGAGAAAAAAGAAGCGCGAUCCUCUACGUGGACCAAAGUAAGCAGUUAUUGUACGGUACCAUUUGUGCGUAUACGUAAUCUUUCAAUUGGUAAAGAGUAUGAUUUCCGCGUUAUUGCCGAGAAUAAAUACGGCCAUUCGGAUCCAGCGAAUACUUCCGAACCCAUUAGAGCAAGACAUCCAUUUGACGUACCAAAUGCACCUGGAAUACCGCGUGGCAUUGACUCUACAGAGGACAGCAUAACCAUUGCCUGGUCUAAGCCCAAGCAUGAUGGUGGAUCGCCAAUUACAGGAUACAUAAUUGAGAAACGCCUGUUGAGCGAAGACAAAUGGACCAAGGCCAUUCAUGCCCUCUGCCCAGAUCUGACUUGUAAGAUACCCAACAUGAUUGAGAAUGCUGAAUAUGAAUUCAGAGUGGCUGCUGUCAAUGCAGCGGGUCAAUCGCCUUUCAGUGCGUCAAGCGAUUUAAUUUAUUGUCGCCGGCCACCACAUGCUCCCAAGAUAACAUCUGACUUAUCAAUCCGCGAUAUGACUGUUAUUGCCGGAGAAGAGUUCCAUAUUACAGUGCCAUACCAUGCGAAUCCUCGACCGGUACCGUCUUGGAAUAUCAAUGGCAUCGAAGUGUCUCCCGAUGAGCGCAUCCGAUUUGAUACUGAUGAUUAUAGCUCCGUAUAUCACAAUAAAUGCGCCAAACGCUCUGAAUCUGGAUCGUAUACAAUUACUUUGGCAAACAGCAAAGGCUCUGACACGGCAUCAUGUCAUGUGACUGUUGUCGACAGACCUGGCCCACCACAAGGUCCAUUAAAUGCCUAUGAUAUUACUCCAGAUACUUGCACACUCGCCUGGAAGACUCCACUCGACGAUGGAGGCUCACCAAUCACAAACUAUGUUGUGGAGAAAUUGGACACCAGUGGAACAUGGGUGAAGGUUAGUAGUUUCGUUCGAAAUACCCACUAUGAUGUUAUGGGUCUGGAGCCUAAUCAUAAAUACCAUUUCCGCGUUCGAGCUGAGAAUCAAUAUGGAUUAUCAGAUCCGCUCGAAAUACCGGAACCCAUUACAGCCAAACAUCAGUUCACUGUUCCCGAUGAGCCUGGCCAGCCCAAGGUAAUUGAUUGGGACUCUGGCAAUGUUACAUUGAUAUGGACUCGGCCUGCAACUGAUGGCGGCUCUCGCAUUCAAGGUUACCAAAUUGAAUACCGGGACAUUGUUAAUGACUCCUCGUGGAAUACGUAUGAGUACUUAAUAAAAGACACAAAAUAUCAAUUGUACAACCUAACGAAUGGUAGCGAGUACGAAUUCCGAAUUAAAGCGAAGAAUGCUGCCGGCUUCAGUAAGCCAUCGCCACCAUCCUUAAGAUUCAAACUGAAGGGCAAAUUUAAUGUACCCGCGCCACCAGGCACUCCGCAAGUAACGAAAGUGGGCAAGAAUUAUGUCGACCUCAAUUGGGAGAAGCCAAUCAGCGAUGGCGGAUCCCGUAUCACGGGUUACAUAAUCGAACGUAGAGAUAUUGGCGGUGCUGUGUGGGUAAAAUGUAAUGAUUACAACGUUUUAGAUACCGAAUUCACUGUCAUCAACCUUAUCGAAAUGGGCGAUUAUGAAUUCCGCAUUUUUGCCAUUAAUGCUGCAGGGCGGUCAGAGCCAAGUCUAUGCACAAUGCCUAUCAAAGUAUGCGAAGUUUUGGGCGGCGAAAAACCAGAUUGGAUAUCGCGAUUGCAGGACAGAAUAGCACCUUCUGGCAAAGAUUUUACAUUGCAAUGUGCUGCCUCGGGGAAACCAAGCCCCACAGCAAGAUGGCUAAGGAACGGAAAGGAGAUACAGAUGCAACCUGGAGGCCGAUUUACAUGUGAUAGUAAAGAAGGUGUUUUUAGGCUACACAUAUCAAAUGUACAAUCCGGCGAUGAUGGUGACUACACUUGCGAGGCAAUUAACUCACUUGGAUUUGUGCAUACGUCUGGAUAUCUUAAAGUAGGCUCCCCGCCGAUAAUAAACAGAUGCCCGAGUGAGUUGUAUCUACCAGAGGGCGAUAAUACAAAGAUCAAGAUCUACUAUUCGGGCGACCAGCCACUUUCUGUGAAGAUAACUAAAAACAACGAGCUUAUCUCCGAUGUGGCUGAUGAAUCACAUUUCAAAUAUACUAUCUUUGAUGAUUAUAUUGUUAUAUUUAUACGUGAUAUUGUUAAAAGUGACGCUGGCAACUACCAAAUCGAGCUCAGCAAUGAUUCUGGAAGUGCCACAGGACAUUUUGAUGCACGUAUUACUGGCCUGCCAUCGGCACCCGUUGGGCCUAUGGGAAUUUCGCACAUUAAUAAGCACUCGUGCACCUUGGCUUGGCGGCCACCAGCUUACGAUGGUGGCCUUAGGAUAACACAUUAUGUGGUCGAACGUAAAGAUAUAACGUCUCCACACUGGAUAACUGUGUCAAGCUCUUGCAAGGAUACAUCGUUUAAUGUGCAGGGCCUACUUGAGAACCAAGAGUAUAUAUUCCGCGUAAUGGCAGUAAAUGAGAACGGCAUUGGGUCACCAUUAGAAGGCUUGAAUCCAAUUCGUGCCAAGGCACCAAUCGAUCCGCCCUCACCGCCGGGCAUUCCAGAAAUCACAGAGAUUGGCGGAGACUUUGUCCAUUUGGAAUGGGCUAAGCCAGAAUCGGAUGGUGGUGCACAUAUUCAAGGCUAUUGGGUUGACAAACGUGAAGUUGGCAGCGAUACCUGGCAACGGGUUAACCCCAUCAUUAGCGCUGCCAACCAAAUUAACUGCCAUAAUCUGAUUGAAGGGCGUCAGUACGAAUUCCGCGUUUUCGCCCAGAACAUCGCUGGCUUAUCGAAGGAAUCAACCGCUUCUCAGGUGGUUAAGAUUGUAGAUCCUAAGGCGGCAACGGCUCCAAUUAUUGUUAAGCCUCUACGCGAUGCAAAUUGCAUACAAAACCACAACGCACAGUUUACAUGCACAAUUACUGGCGUUCCGCGACCAACUAUUACCUGGUAUAAGGGAGCGCGUGAGAUAACAAGCGGAGCUCGCUAUCACAUCUACUCUGAGGGCGACAAUCAUUUCCUCAACAUUAACGAUGUGUUUGGAGAGGACGCUGAUGAAUAUGUUUGCCGUGCUGUUAACAAAGCUGGCGCCAAGUCAACUCGUGCAGCUCUUGCCAUUAUGACUGCACCAAAGUUGAACGUCCCACCACGAUUCAGAGACACUGCAUACUUUGAUAAGGGUGAAAAUGUUGUGAUUAAAAUACCCUUCACUGGUUUCCCUAAGCCACGCAUACACUGGGUCAGAGAAGGUGAAAAUAUCGAAUCUGGCGGUCACUACAAUGUUGAGGUAAAGGAGCGACAUGCCGUGUUGACUAUUCGUGAUGGGUCGCGUUUAGACUCCGGCCCAUAUCGAAUCACAGCGGAGAACGAACUGGGCUCGGAUACAGCUAUAAUCCAAGUUCAAAUAAGUGAUAGACCAGAUCCGCCACGCUUCCCGUUGGUCGAAAGUAUUGGAACAGAUUCGUUGUCCCUGAGCUGGAAGGCUCCCAUCUGGGAUGGCGGCAGCGAUAUUACAAAUUACUAUGUUGAGCGCCGUGAGCAUCCGCUUUCUUCAUGGAUACGUGUAGGCAACACGCGUUUCACAUCAAUGGCUGUUACUGGUUUGACGCCAGGCAAGGAAUAUGACUUCCGAGUUUUCGCCGAUAAUGUCUACGGCCGCUCUGAUGCAUCAGACAUAAGCACAUUGAUCAAAACAAAGGAAUCGAUCAAGAAAAAGCCAGUCGAGCGUAAGUGGGAAUUGGAUGAGAGUGGUAAAAGGAUACGUGGCAAGGCCGACGGCCCAAUUAAAGAUUACGAUUCAUAUGUAUUUGACAUAUACUCGAAAUUUGUGCCACAGCCUGUUGAAAUUUCGCACGAUAGCGUUUACAAUAGAUACGAUAUUCUUGAGGAGAUCGGCAAUGGAGCGUUCGGAGUUGUACACAGAUGUCGGGAGCGUAACACUGGAAAUAUAUUCGCUGCCAAAUUUAUACCUGUAUCGCAUGCUGUUGAAAAAGACCUGAUUCGGCGUGAGAUCGACAUUAUGAAUCAGUUACAUCACCAAAAACUAAUAAACCUACACGAUGCGUUUGAAGACGAUGACGAAAUGGUCCUCAUACUAGAAUUCUUAUCUGGUGGAGAACUAUUUGAGCGCAUUACGGCUGAGGGUUACGUGAUGACUGAAGCGGAAGUUAUUAAUUACAUGCGGCAAAUCUGCGAAGGCAUCCGGCAUAUGCAUGAGAAAAAUAUUAUCCACUUGGAUAUUAAGCCAGAAAAUAUAAUGUGCCAGACUCGCACCAGUACUAACGUCAAACUCAUUGAUUUCGGUUUGGCCACACGGUUGGAUCCAAACGAGGUGGUCAAAAUCACAACUGGCACAGCCGAAUUUGCAGCUCCCGAAAUUGUCAACCGAGAACCAGUUGGAUUUUAUACGGAUAUGUGGGCAACGGGAGUGCUGGCCUAUGUUCUCUUAAGUGGACUUUCGCCAUUCGCUGGAGACAACGAUGUACAGACACUUAAGAAUGUUAAAGCCUGUGAUUGGGAUUUCGAUUUGGAAGCUUUCAAGCACAUUUCCGAUGAGGGUAAAGAUUUUAUACGCAAACUUCUUAUUGCCAGCAAAGAGAAACGAAUGACUGCCCACGAAUGCCUUUUGCAUCCAUGGUUAACGGGAGACCAUAGAGAGCUCAACCAAAAGAUUGCUCGCGAUCGCUAUCUAGCAUACCGCGAGAAACUGAGAAAGAAGUACGAGGACUUUGGAAAAUAUCUACUGCCGAUUGGUCGCUUGUCUGAGUAUUCAUCACUGCGAAAACUUCUAAUGGAAAAAUAUAAAAUGCAUGAUGCCGUGUUCGAUCGUCGACAAGCUGCUCCACGAUUUGUCAUUCGGCCGUCAUCGCAGUUCUGCUAUGAAGGCCAAAGCGUUAAAUUCUAUUGCCGAUGCAUUGCGAUCGCCACACCCACACUUACUUGGUCACACAAUAAUAUUGAACUGAGACAGAGCGUUAAGUUCAUGAAACGGUAUGCUGGAGACGACUAUUACUUUAUUAUUAAUCGAGUGAAACUUGAUGAUCGUGGUGAAUAUAUAAUACGAGCCGAAAACCACUAUGGUUCCAGAGAAGAAGUUGUUUUCCUCAAUGUACAUCCACUGCCAAAAGAACAACCAAGAUAUCGAACCGAAUCAACACCUGUUCGCCGGCGUGAACCCUUGCCUUACACAUUCUGGCAGGAGGAAUCCGAGUCGGCGCCCAGUUUUACAUUCCUACUACGUCCACGCGUCAUGCAAGCCCGUGACACAUGUAAGCUUCUCUGUUGUCUAAGUGGCAAGCCAGUUCCCACUGUUAAAUGGUACAAGGACGGUCGUGAGCUGAAUAAAUAUGAGUACGCUAUGACCCACUCAGACGGUGUUGUCACAAUGGAAAUAAUUGAUUGCAAGCCCUCAGACUCUGGCAAAUACACCUGCAAGGCAACAAAUUGUCAUGGAACAGAUGAGACAUCGUGCGUCGUAAUUGUUGAAGGAGAAUGGGUUACGCCUGAGCAGGCAGAACUUGCACACAACUUCCUUUACUCAGGAGAUCGCAAGUAUAUAGAGCAGCACUUCAAGCCAACACCACCCCCGAUUAUAACAACCCGCCAGUUUACAUCAUCAGCUACUUCCAGCAACUCGCAGCAGACAUCAAGCACUAGAACGACAUCGGAUGGCAAGACUGUCAUCACCAAUUCAAGUUCCUCAACACAGAAUAGCAUUUCAAGCAAAAAGAAAUAUGCGGCUAGUAGCUUACAGGCACCCGGCAGCCCAUCACGAUCUCGUAGUGCCACCAAAGAGCUGAUACUACCUCCCGACGAUUCCUUAAUGUGUAAACCGGAGUUUACAAAGCCACUUCAUGAUUUGACAAUACGCGAUGGCGAGCAGUUGCUGUUGACUUGCCACGUAAAAGGCGAUCCGGAACCACAAAUAACGUGGUCCAAGAAUGGCAAAUCGAUAUCCUCGUCCGAAAUAAUGGAUCUUAAAUACAAAAACGGCAUCGCAACGCUCACUAUUCAUGAAGUCUUCCCCGAAGAUGAAGGAGUCUUUUCAUGCACGGCAACAAACUCGAUUAGCUCAGUCGAAACAAAGUGCAAGCUAACAAUUAAACCUUUGGAUAAGCUGUCAAGCAAACGUAUCCCAACUGGCAGUGACAAGCCACCAAAAAUAGUUAGCCACUUGGAAUCAAGAUUUGUAAAGGACGGGGAUGCGGUAACAUUGGCUUGUCGCAUUAUUGGCGCUGACCAUUUUGAUGUCGUUUGGCUGCACAAUAAUAAGGAAAUAAAGCCAAGCAAGGACUUCCAAUAUUCGAAUGAGGCAAAUAUCUAUCGUCUACAAAUCGCCGAAAUCUUUCCCGAAGACGGCGGCACCUAUACAUGCGAGGCCUUUAACGACGCUGGCGAAUCGUUCAGUACUUGUACAAUUAAUGUCAAUGUACCUGGAGACGAACCCAAGGUGCCGACAUUUGUUAAAUUCCCAGUUUCCGUUUCGGUUACAGAGGGAGAAAACGCCACUUUCGAAUGUGAAUCCGAUGGCGAGCUGAUUAACUUGGAUUGGCUGAAGGACGGAAAACCCAUAGAUGAAGCACGCUCCCGAUACUCAUUUACUAAGGAUGGCAAUCGCUAUAAGUUCGCAGUAAAUAAAUGUACCUUAGAUGAUGUGGGGCAAUAUCAGGCAAAGGCUGUGUCCAAAAAGGGUGAAAGCUUGUGUGCAUUUUCGGUAAAUGUCUUGAGCUCCGAGGCCUAAGCUACGUUUAACUUUGAAAAUUUACGAACAUCAUCAUAAUAUAUACCCAUACAAAUUCUAUUCAGAAUUGUGUGCAAAAAACGAAAAAAAAAAAAAUAAUCAUAAUAAAUAUUAGACUGGUCAUCAAAUAUAUAUCAUCUUAUAAGUAUUCAUUCUUCGCACACGCACAUGCAUAUAUAUUUAUUUUUGAAAAUUGAAGAGCAACAAACACUUGGGAGUGCAGGAAAUGUAAUACUAGCAGAGAUAGUAAUUUUAGCUCUCUUAUGAUCGUAUAUUACCUAACUAUUACAUAUAUGUACUUUAGAGAUAAACGAAAUUCUUCUGUUGCCAAACAUACUUACACAUAAGCAAAAUGUACAAUAUUUUAUAAUUUUUACAAUUGUAUCCAUUUAUUUACGUUCAUUUAUAAUGUAUGUGUGCACUGUUUUUAUUUGGCAUUUUGAUAAACUCACUGACAAACAGUUAACUGAAACAGCUAACCAACUGACCAACUGUCAACUGUGCCACUUUAUUGACUGCUGGCAUCCUCACUGAACAUCUACAAAUACACAAAAGUCAUUCAAGUGGCCCAGUUUCGGUUCGGUUUGUAUUCGGCUGCAUCAUACGACUUGCGAUAGACCUCACCUAUAUACACAUACAUACAUAUUGUGCGAAGUACUUGCAAAAAAUAAAUCUGAUUCUUGAACUAUGUAUGUGAA